CUAACUGGUCCACAAUGGUGUACAUCAUCCCACAUUAAAUUCACCACUUCUCACUUCACCAAAAUUCCAUUAUCAACCUUUUUUUUUUCUGUUCAGUUUUCUGCUCAGAACCAUUCUAUUCUCAUUUUUAUAUAACCAUUUGUGACCUAGGGCUAAACCUAUAAUACAACCUACACCUUUCAUCUUUUCUAUUAGUAUUCUUUUUCAAUAUAAUCAUCAUCAUCAUCAUCAUCCUUGAUAUUAUUCAAAGAAAGUGAGAAGUACACAAUAAUGGGGCAUCACUCUUGCUGCAAUAAACAGAAGGUGAAAAGAGGACUAUGGUCACCAGAAGAAGAUGAAAAACUCAUCAACUACAUCACUAAUUAUGGACAUGGUUGUUGGAGUUCUGUCCCUAAACUUGCAGGACUGCAGAGAUGUGGAAAAAGUUGCAGGUUGAGAUGGAUAAAUUAUUUAAGACCUGAUUUGAAACGUGGAAGUUUUUCUCCACAAGAAGCUGCUCUUAUUAUUGAACUUCAUACCAUUCUAGGAAACAGGUGGGCUCAGAUAGCAAAGCAUUUACCAGGAAGAACAGAUAAUGAGGUGAAGAACUUUUGGAAUUCAAGCAUAAAGAAGAAACUACUUUCACAUGAUUUUGUUCCCACUUCUUUAGCCACAUUUUCUGAUAUUCACUGUCCUAGAAAUGGUUCUGUUGAAAGUUUCUUCCCUUUAUUUAAUGACAAUCCUAUCCUUAACUCCAAUCAUCAAUAUCACUUUGACAACCACCUUUACCUUCCCAUCAAUAUCCCAACUCCAAUCCUACAAGGUAUUGAUCAUCAAAAUGAUAUCAAAAAUAUUGAUAUCAACAGUUAUAAUCCCAAUUUCCUACAUGUUCAGAAUAAUCCAAUAUUGCCUGAAACACUACCAUCAUCAAAUAUUCCAUCUUCAUAUGAAUUAGAUACAUGGUCAUUAAUUCAUCAUCUCAAUCCAAAUAUUCAAGAAAAUCAUCAAAUCACCACCAAAAGUGAUGCUGCCACCCAAAACUAUAAUAUUGUUGAUCAGAAUUUUAUCAAUAUUCCAAAUACAAAUACAUAUACAUGGCAGCAGCAGCAGCAGCACUAUGACAGUAAUAGUCAUUUAGUGAAUCAACUUGAACCUAUUGUGCAAAAAGUUUUUGACAGUGAAACCAUUAAGGAUAAUUAUGUUUGUAGCAUCCCAUUUUCUUCUUCUGCUUCUUCACAAGAACAUGAUCAUCAUCAUCAUGAAGUUGUAAACCAAAUUGCUGAUCAGUGUUAUAAUACAGAUCAUUAUCAGGGUGCUAUAAUUUGUCCAAAACAAGAUCAUCAUCAAACUAUGGCUGCACCAAAUAAUGAUCAUCAAGUGGAGUAUAACAUUGAAGCUCUCAUCAUGUCAUCAUUGCCAUCUUCAACAAAAACAUCUUCUUCAUCACCACUGUCAUUCUAUCAACCAGUCACUCUCACAAAACCUAUCCUUCCUUAAUUGGAAAUCUUGAUCUUCACCAUGGAUAUGAAUUGGCUAUUAUUUAAUCAAUUAAUGGGAUAUUUUUAUUUUCAUGCAUUUUAAGUGUGAGGAAAAAAAGCAUAUGCAUUUAAUUAUCAUAUCUCUUGAAGUUUGGAAUAUUAAGAGGGUAUAUUUGCAAACCUGAGCCUUGCUAGUUGAGGUUGUAACAUUAAGAGAUGCUUGUUCAAGUUCCAUAAAUAUGGCUACUUUUUUUCA